GACUCACAUCAGCGGUGGUGGAUGCAUGUCACACACUGCUCCAGCGUGCCCCACCACCACCACCAACCAUGACCAUCAACACCUGCACGCCCCCAACACCGCCCCUCACGCCCCACUCCAUCACUUGCCCGUGUAUGGGCAAACACAUCUGUGCUGAGUGUUAAGGAAGCACCUGCUGCACUACACAGGUGUUGACAGUCACAGGACCACUGUAGGACUUCCAGGACUUGUCUUUGCGAACAGAUGGAGCGUCCGCAAAGGUUUUGAGUGGGUUAAGCCAGGAGGCUGCGUUUGUGUCCCAUGUGAGGACACUUACAGCAGGUUUCAAGCUCUUAUUCUAGUCAGCUCCAGCGAGGGAUAUCCAUAGGCGUGGGCACCCACACACCAGUCUACGCCCACACGCCCAUCUACCCCCCUCUUCCCUCUAGUCAACAUCCAAAUCGCGAGUGUUAUUCUAGUCCUGUGAACUGCCCCGUGUGGAACUGUGAUUAAUACUACUGACAGUGACUGGGGCUCAUCGUGGUCCUUGCAGUGAUAGCAGUGUAUCUGAGGGAUCAAGAAAGAUUCGCCAUUAGUUGUAAAAACUGUAAAUGAUCCAGGGUGUUGCAGUACUUUUAGCAGGGUGUACAUGUGCUCUUGACUACUAUCUACGUGUACUCUCGACUACAGCCUACGUGUACUACUAGUGUGUGUGCGUGUACCACUAGUGUAUACAUAUACUGCUGGUGCAGCGUCGUGAGUGAACUUGAGGUAUCGUGUACGCGAGAAGUGUGAAGAUGAAGUACGGUGAUAACUUCGUGCGCUCUAUGCGUCGGUCACUACGUAUCAAGAAGAGUAAGAGUGUCACCAUCACCAACAACAACACCAUCAAGAGAAAGUCAGACUCGUUCGUCAACUCUCAGGAAUGGACGUUGUCUCGUGGCGUGCCCGACCUACGUCUGGGCAUCGUGGGCUCCCUCUCCUCCGGCAAGUCUGCCCUCGUCCACAGAUACCUGACGGGGUCGUACAUGCAGGAGGAGAGUCCAGAGGGCGGCCGCUUCAAGAAGGAGAUCGUCUUGGACGGCCAGAGUUACCUGCUGCUUAUACGCGACGAAGGAGGCCCCCCUGAGCUACAGUUCACGGCGUGGGUGGACGCUGUGAUCUUCGUGUUCAGCCUUGAGAAUGAGUCCUCCUUUAACGCCAUCUACAACUACUACGCCAAGAUGGCUCACUACCGCAACACCAACGAAGUUCCACUCAUCCUGGUGGGCACGCAAGAUGCCAUCAGUGAGAACAACCCUCGCGUUAUAGAUGACGGUAGAGCCCGGAAGCUCGCCUCGGACCUCAAGCGUUGUUCGUACUAUGAAACUUGUGCUACCUAUGGGCUCAACGUCGAGAGAGUAUUCCAUGAUGCCUGUUCAAAGAUUGUGGCUCAGCGCCUUAGCCAGCAGGGCCUAACUCCCAACAACUCUCGUCCUGGCACUCCCACACACCUCCUACGGUAUCCCUCCACUAAUAACGGCUACACUCCAGCCCCCUACUCCAAUAUCUCUGCACCACUUACCCCACAACUUGCAUCGGGCCAGCAGGUCACACCACCCAUAUCUGGCUCCUCUCCUAGUCAUGUGUAUACAAACACAAUCACUAAGGAUGGUACGCUAAGGAGUAGUCAUGGAAGUGGAGCAGAGUUAACUGCGAUGACAAGAACAGAUUCUUUCCGUGACGAUGGUUUUAAGCGUGUGAGUGCACCAGGCGCUGUCACCACUGCAGCCUUCAUGGCGCCUCCACCUCCACCAACUUCCACCCCAGCUCCUAUUAUCACUGACUCCAUACCUACACCAAGAGAUAACAAGGAUCUCCCUACUCCAAGCUCUACACCAACUACAUCUCGGAAAAGUCGGAGAAAGUCCAAUCUCUUCACUCCUUCAAAGAAAAGUGAUGAGAAGGAAAAGAGUAAAAAUGGAGAAGUAGGAAGUGGUCGUGCCAUCCCAAUAAAACAAGGUUAUUUAUAUAAGAAAUCCAACAAGGCUCUCAAUAAAGACUGGAAAAAGAAAUAUGUUACAUUAUGUGACAAUGGUAGACUAACCUAUCAUCCCAGUUUACAUGAUUAUAUGGAAGAUAUACAUGGGAAAGAAAUUUCACUUCAGUAUACCACAGUCAAAGUCCCUGGAAUGAAGCCAAGAGGAUCCAAGGUUGUGGCUGGAAGUGGUGGUGGUGAUCCUCUUGCUUCGGAGAUGCACACUCUUAAUAUUACUUCCAGCGGCACUCCAGGACCACCUCUAGCUGGUAGAUCUUCACUUGGAGGUCCAAUACAGUCAAAUAAAGAUAAGGUAACACUGAUGUCCUAUGAAACCCUUCAUGAUCCAGCGGGAGUCAAUGGUCUGGAUGCUGCCAGCAUUUCAUCUAAAAUUGAGACACCAAAUGUGAAAAAGAGACACAGAAGAAUGAAGAGUAGUGGAAACAAAAAUGCAGAAUGUGAAGAUUCUGAUGGCUAUGAGUUUAGUCUGGUGUCACUGGACAACAAGCAAUGGCAUUUUGAAGCAGGAAGUCAGGAAGAGAGAGACGAGUGGGUAACAGUCAUUGAGCAGCAGAUUCUUAGCUCACUUCAAGGUAACGAGUCCAACAAGAGCAAGACACGGCAAGCACAUCCAAUUGACCCACAAACAAUAUCUACUAUAAAAAAUCAAGUCCCAGGAAAUUUGAACUGUGUUGAUUGUGAUGCUCCGAAUCCGGAGUGGGCCAGUAUCAACCUUGGAGUAUUAAUGUGCAUAGAAUGCUCAGGCAUCCACAGAAAUUUAGGAUCUCACAUAUCAAAAGUGAGGUCACUUGACCUGGAUGAAUGGCCACCUGGUCCUGUUUCGGUGAUGAUGUCACUUGGUAAUGAAGUUGGGAAUAGCAUAUGGGAAGCUCAUUUAAGAGGUCAAACAAAGCCUAGCCCUAGAUCCAGUCGAGAGGACAAGGAGCGUUGGAUUAGAGCCAAGUAUGAAGCAAAAGAGUUUCUGGCACACCCACAGCCUGGCAUCUCUCUACAUGAACAGAUUGUAGACUGUGUUUGUCGAGGAGACGUUAAGAGGCUAACAGCUUUACUGCCCCAUGCUGGUGAUGCUGUGAACAAUCCUCUUGCUCCUCAUCGGGACUUGAGAACCCCUCUCCAUCUUGCUGCUGCCUUCCCUUCCUUGCCCUGUGUACAGCUCUUGCUCUGGUAUAAUGCUAGUGUAAAAAUAUGUGAUGCUGAAGGCAGGUCCAGUUUAUUUUAUGCCCGAGCAGCUGGGGAUAAGGAAGUAAUUGAUCUUUUGCUACAAAAUGGCUGCCCAGAUACAGGGCUGGUAGCACCUCCUCAUACUCCAGCACUUAGCCAUGCAACUUUACCUUUGUCAUCCAACACCACUUCUCAGCCUUCAACGUUGCCACGGAGGAAGGGAUCCAUAAGCCGAAAGCCAGAUCUUGAUAAACUCCAAGCUAGCGUAAUCUAGGGUUAUUAGCUCAUUACCAUAGUUUCUGUGGAUAAAGCUGUUAAAUUUGAUAGUACAUGUCUGAUGGUCUUUGUGAGUCUGCAUACUUAUAAAAUGUAAUAAUGCUGCAGUAAUUUUUUUUAAUACCAGUUGCUAUAUAUUCACUGUAGCCUUGUAAUCGCCUACAAAUUCCUUUCCAAACUUGUUGGUCAUCUCUGAUUUUAAACAUGCUUUAUAAAAAGAACAAAAAAAAAGCAAUAUACUGGUUAUUGUGCAUAUCUUAAAGGAUUUUUUCAUUAUUCUUGAGGUGGGGGGGGGUGAUGUGAAACAAAACCACUAAGGGUCAUACAGUGCAUGGGGAAAUGGGAGGCAAUCAAAUUUAAUCAAAGAAAAUGGGGUGUAAGACUAGUUCCUUGGAUUAAGAGCCUCUUAUCAACAUGAAGGCACCUGCCUUGAGGGGUAUGGCAGGUUAAUGUGAAAAAAUAAAUGGGUCAGUUUAGAAAUGAUCCCUUAAGACGAGGUGCUUUGUUGUUGGCUUAAGGUCCCCAAUCCAAAGAAUUUGGAACUCCACUGCCUUUACUAAGAUCAAACUUCAUUUCCUUACAUUUUCCAGGGGUUGUAAGAACCUUACAGUUUACCACUUCCAUGAUUAUAGUACUGUAUUAAGAUAGCAUUAUAAAUAUGAUUUUAUAAUAAAUUUAUUAAUCUUAUUUUUAGAAAUGACUGCAGCAGGCGAUUCUUUGGAUUUACUAUAUAGAAUUUCAACACACCUAUAGACUAUGAUGUAUUAUCAAAUUCUAUAUAGCUCUCGAGACCAAAAUGUGACCAAGUCCAAGCAGGUCUGACCAUCACUUGGGUUUUAAGGAUCUGAUCAUAAUGUUUGUGAGGGAGGGGGUAAAGAAUGUCACACAACCAGAUAUAAUGUGUUUUCAUUGUUAAACUGUGAUUGUCAUUUGUUUAUGCCAUAUUUUAUGGAAAAAAAAAGACAUUCUGGAGAUACUCGUGAAUUCUUCAACUUUCAACAAGUAUUCCAUAAUCUUGUGAAGAUGUACAUAUGAAACCGAGCAUACCAUGAACCCAUCUGUAAACAUUAUCAUCCUGCACUAGUGUUGUCAUGUCUCAUGGUUGUAUAUAUCGUGAACAAUAAAUUGUACCAAAGGUUGAAUGAGAGUGAGAUAUAAUGUAGAUUUGUGUAUGUAUCAGUUUAAUCCAGGUGUAAAGAUGAUUAUCCUGCUCAAGAUACAAAUGUAUGAAGCCAAAGUUCAUAUAAUCCCUGUAUUAGAGGCACAUCAAGAUGAUGUGUAGAUUAUCUGCUGGCAAGUUGGAGGAAGAUGACCAUCACACACGUCCCUAAUUCAAGAACAAAGCUAAAGACGAAACAGUAUUUAGGUCCUACAAGAUAUCUCAGUAUAUUAAGAAGGGGGGGGGGAGAACAAGGAUUGGUAUGUUAUAUUUAAACUCAGAUUGCCAUAGCAAUUUUUCAGCUCCAUUUAAUUUUACUAGUUAGUCACCUAGGUAGGAUAGUGUGUCGGUUAUUUUCUUCCAGCAUUCUGCCGUUUUCUUUAUUGUGCUUUCACGUUACAGUCUUCUCUCUAAUUCCAGCCUCUAGUAAUUAAAUAUGGCACAAUAGCUAUAAAGUUACUUUUGGUAGCAUUUUCUCCCAUAUCAGUCAUUUAGUUGAGGCAGAAUUGGUGAGAAGAUUGUAUAAGGAGGAUAUUGUUAGUGUACAAAUCUUGUUACUUAGCUAUCAUCUGUAAAUUUGUAUAUACUUAUAUAUAUAUAUUAUAUAUAUAGAUAUAUGACCUGUCCGUUCUUCCUAGCCCUGUAGUUUAAAAAAAAAAAAAAAAAAAAAAUAAAAUUUCCUCCUUUUUAUUAUAUUGUGAAUAUUUGUGAAAAAUAUUGACAUACCAUACAGUACAUGAAAAAUUCAUACCUCAUACUUCUUCACAUUAUUAGACUGUUUUGCAUCAUAUAUGUAAUGAAUAAGUUGUAAUAAGAUCAGCAGGUAGAUGUUAUUUAUUGAAACAUUUUGCUAAAAAUUCUUUUUUUAUAUAUACUUUUGAAUUAUAUUACCAUAUUGCUGAUCAAGUUACACAAAAAUAAGUUUCAUCUAGCCUUCCCUCAUACUUAUCAGUGUUAAACUGUCUUUAACACGGCAGUGUCCCUCGAGUCUGACAAAAUUGGGAGGCUAAACUUCCUACAAUACACAAAUAAUCUCCCGCAAGUGAAAUUGUAGGUCUUAUUGUAACUUGCAAUCACUUACCAAGUACUGUAAGCUCCUUCUAUGUUUACUUGUAUUUAUUACAGACUCAAAAUCAAUAAAGCAAGAAUAUA